AUGCGUCAAUCGCUUGCGACCGCCACAUUCGUUUUCUCCUCCCUGCUCUCGCUGGCUGUCGGGGAGAGCCUGCAGGCGCGUAGUCAAUAUGAUAGCACCUGCAAGGAGAUCGAGCAAGCCAUCUCCUCCGCAUCCGCCCUCUACUGGCCUGGAUUGGGCUCAUACUACAAGGACAUCGGCCACUGGGCCACAUCCAGCUCUGCUCAGGCCGCAUGCUCUGUCGAGCCCGGGACCGCCGAAGACGUCGGGAAGAUCCUUCAAAUCCUUAGCGCAAACAACACGCCGUUCGCGGUGAAGGGCGGAGGCCAUGCGUCCAACCCCGGCUUCUCGUCGACGGAGGGCGUGCACAUUGCUCUGUACCGUUUCAGUAGCGUGACGUACAACCAGGCCGCUCAGACCGCGGACGUCGGAGCCGGACUUAUCUGGGACGACGUGUACUCGGACCUUGAGCCGUACUCCGUCAAUAUCAUCGGUGGGCGCGUGACUGGGGUCGGUAUAGCCGGCUUCACUCUUGGCGGAGGGUUCUCGUGGAAGACGAACCAGUACGGGUUGACGGUUGACAACCUGACCGGCUUCGAGCUCGUGCUCCCUAACGGUACUGUCGCAGAGGUCACUCAGAGCUCGCACCCCGACCUCUUUUGGGGCCUGAAGGGUGGCUUUAACAACUUCGGGAUCGUCACGAAGUUCACUCUGAAGACCUAUGCACAGACCGAAGUCUGGGGCGGUAUCAUCCUUGUUACCGAGGACCACCUCGACGACCUUACCGCGGCAACCCUCAAGUUCACACAGACCGUGACUGAUCCGAAGGCCGCCAUUCUGCCAACGUACAACUUCCUCAUCGGCGAGCCUGGCGCAACGGUCAUCCUCUUCUACGACUAUCCGACAGCUCCUGAAGGCAUCUUCGACGACUUCCUCGCCAUCCCUGCCUUCUCGAAGGACAUUGGGACCCGUACCUUCCUGGACCUCGUCCUGGCCUCGCCCUCGAACGCGACCAGCCCAGCCCGUGGCAUCUUCCACACCGUCUCCCUGCUCAAAUAUUCCCCUGCUAUCAUGGACGCCCUUGUCAACGAGACCAAGUUCUGGGGCGAGCGCCUCUCUCUCAAGUCCGGCACGUUCAUCUCCUACGACGUCGAGCCGUUCCUCCCGGAUAUCUUCUCCCACGCCCCCGAGAACUCGUCCGCGUACCCGUCCUCGCGCUCGUCGAGCCUCCUCCCGCUCAACAUCUAUUACGCGUACAGCGACGCGGGCCAGGACGAGACUUUCUGGGACGCCGCGCGGCAGAGCGCUGCGCAACUGACGGCGGUUGCGGUCGCCGACGGCCAAGACGUGGCCGACGCACCCCUGUACGGCAACUACGCGAUCUUCGACACCCCGCUGGAGAGGAUUUACGGGCAGAAUGUGGACGCGCUGAAGGCGUUGAAGGCGAAGUACGAUCCUGAGGGUGUCAUGGCCCUUGCGGGCGGCUGGAAGUUCUGAGCGCGGACGGCAGAGAGAAACUACAGGACCAUCUGCGUUAUAACUUGCGUUAUAUAUCGGACUUUCCAGGAUUCCUUCAGGCCUAAGCCAACAUAAACGGUCGCUUUCUUGUGUGCGUCAUCCUCCACCUUCUUUUCGUGUUUCACAGUAGCGUAUAGCUACUACUUUUUGUCCCGGAUAUUACCGUAACAUGACUAGUAAUCAAUACGAUGGUCGACCUGCG